CUCCGACUCUCUUCCGCCAUUCCAAUUCCCUCCCUGUCGACUUAGUAUACCAAUCUUCUACACCCACACCCAAAGGGACCUCGAAUUAUCCAUAUAUCACCAAUCCCACCAAUCCUCCCAAAAGAAAAACGAGAGAACAACCCACAGCAAAAGGGGGUCGAAAGGGAACCGAAACCAAGAAAAAAAAAUAGACACAGACAACAGACACCAUGGCCACCCCAACACGACCAUCACCAACACCACCCACCCGACAAAAACAUAAACAAAUCCCAGCCUACCUCCUCGCCGCCUACCCAGCCACCCUCCUCCUCGGCUCCCUCUUCUCCGUCCUCUCCCCAACAGCAGCCGGCUCCCGCAACAACACGCCCUCCGCGAUGCACACCGCCGGCAUCGCGGGCCCCCACAAACCACCACCAGCGGUAAACUACUUCGCGCGCAAAGACAACAUCUUCAACGCUUACUUUGUCAAAAUCGGCUGGUUGUGGAUGACGGCUGCUUUUGCGUCGCUGGUCGUCUCGCAGCCGGCGUACACUGCGGCAGGAGCGGCGCAGCGCCCGCGCAGGAUCGCCCAGGCUGUGGGGCGGUAUGCGCUUGCGACGCUCGCUUGGUAUCUGACGACACAGUGGUGUUUUGGGCCGGCGGUUAUUGAUCGCGGGUUUGUGAUCACUGGUGGUGGGUGUGGUGGCGCCAGCAGUAGUAUCAGUGGUGCGGAUGGGUUGAGGGGGUUGGUGACUGCUGCUGCUUGUAAGGGGGCUGGGGGGCGGUGGAGUGGGGGGCAUGAUGGGGUUGGGGCGAGGGUGGGUAGUGGGGUGGAUUCGGUGAAUGGGGAAGAUGGGGGAGAGAAGGUGGGAAAGAAGGAGGAGGGCCAGGAUGAGGUUGUGAGGAAGUGGGCGGGGAGGUUUGUGGGGGUUGUUUUUGGGCUGAGUUGGUGGAUGUUGUUGAUGACUGCUAUUUGGUUUCAUACUUGGUUGGAGAAAUGGAAUGGGCUUUUCCUUGCCCUGGCUACCAUCUAUUCGAUCUAUAUCUUGCCUCGACGGGCUGGGGCAUGGAGGGACGUGGUAGGAGUUCCGGGAGUAUAGAUUAUACAUACUAUGACAUCGUCCUUAGCGGCGUUGGUAUACAAAGACCGAUCGGUUGAUCGAUUGGUACAUUCUUGUUUGUUUGUACGGAUAUACUAGAGUUUAACUACACUAUUACACAACUCCACUAUUACCUACACG